UCUCUCUUCACAAAAAAAUCACAGUCUAUAUCUAUCUCUACGUAAAAAAGAAUCUAAACAAGUUCUUUCAAGGGAUUCAUCGAACAAAAUCUCACGUAUUUUUCGUAUUAAUCACUCUUUUGUCAACCGGAAAUGGAGAGCAUCAUGAACUUGAAGAGAAAGGAGAAGAAAUCACAAAGUAGAAGACUUGGGAAGUAUCUUAAAGAACAGAAAGGAAGGAUUUACAUCAUUAGAAGAUGUGUAAUGAUGCUCCUUUGUUCACGUGAUUGAUUUAUUUAUUCAUAUGUACGUGUAUAUAUGCAUGUUUGAGUGUUCAGAGAUCAGGGGAAAGCAUACGUAUACACGUAUAAGUGUUUGUGCCCUAAUGCGAAAUUUUGUAAAUGAAAAAG